GUCUACAUUUGCACGAGUCUAUGAAUUUAGACGCUUAUCCUAAAUUAUUCCAUUUGCUAGCUAUAGGAAUCGGAAUAAGUUGUUUUAUUUUAUUUCACAGAUAUGGGAAUUGCCUACAGUUGGUCACUUUGGCUUUGUCGGGUUCAACUUAAACCUUCCCUGAACUUCGAGAAGAUUUUGUAGCUGCGUACUCACCUGAAACGUAUUCAGUUGAUGCCGAGGGUCAUGACCAUGAACAAGGACUACCAGACGGCUCCCAGUGCGCCGCUGGAUUUGACAACCACCCCGCGCAAGAGCACCGGGUCCAGGACUCCGGACUACAGGAUCUGGGAAAAGGACGCGCGGGUGACUGGCGGCUCACCUGCACCUCCUGCAUGCACGGGAACGGGCAGUUCAGAAACCCAUUGCCCUUCGGCCAGAGCCGCACCGGGCGCAGAAGCCAGUGCGUCCCGAAAACGGCCAGCGGACUCAUCUUCCUCAAAGCUUCCCUUUAGGAAACGCCCGAUUACCGGCGUACCUGAAUCACAGAGGCCGUUACCGGAUCCACCGGUGAGCAGAGACCGCUUUUCUCCAGCGGAAGACACAAACUGUACAUUGCCGGAAUGUUUACCUGUACGUCCGGACGGAGGAAGGCUUGUCGUAGCACCAGUGACCCCAAGGCAGGUCCAAGGAGCACCGAUUCAAGUGAAAUACCAGUUGCCCCCAAUGGACUAUCAUAAUUACGGUCACUAUCCAGUAUAUCUGCCUCCAGUCUCAAGGCUUCAAUAUCUAAUGGUUCCCCAAAACGACAACCUGCUCGCUGGAAUCUCUCUGGCUACACGUCAAGAUGAAGACGGAGACACAGCUCUUCAUAUAGCCGUGGUGCAGGGGGAAUUGGCCAUGACACUGAAUCUCAUUGAGAUGUUGGUGUGGGCUCACAAAGACCUGGACAUCUACAACAACCUCCGUCAGACUCCCCUUCAUCUGGCAGUGAUAACGAAGCAGGCAAAGAUUGUGGAAGCUUUGUUGAGAGCGAGGGCUGACCCUGCAGCUUUAGACCGUCAUGGCCAAACGGCGCUACAUCUCUGCUGUGAAUACAACCAGCGUGACUGCCUGUCUGUUCUGCUUUCUUUCUCCUCAUCCUCCGCAUGCCUGGAGAUCAGAAACUUUGAGGGUUUACGUCCCCUCCAUUUGGCUGUGCUGCAAGGACAUCAGACUUUGGCUAAGAUGCUGCUAGAUGCAGGAGCUGACAUCAAUGCCAUGGACAUCAAGAGUGGCCAGAGUCCUCUCAUGCUUGCUGUAGAGAACAAUAAUAAAGACAUGGUCGACUUCCUCAUUGAGAAUGGAUGUGAUGUGAACAGCCAGUCAUACAGUGGGAACACAGCUCUUCACAUUGCCUGUGGCCGAGGUCAAGGGGAAACUGUGCGCCUGCUGCUAAAGAGUGGCGCUGACAGCAGCCUCAAAAACUACCACAAUGAUACCCCAGUGAUGGUGGCCAAAAACAAGAAAAUAGCAGAUGUGUUACGAGGAAGAGGUGCCAAGCAGAUCAGAGUUCAAGAUCAACACUCUAUGUCGGUUUCACCACAUGGGAGCAACUCCAUGCAGAAUGGUUCACCAUCUCCCAACCAUAGCAUUGGAUCUUCACCCUCAACAACACCACACACUUUUCAUCACAGUGCUUGCCAUUCUCCAAAGACUCAACCUGCCUUUCAUCAACUUUACUAGUUCAGUGUUACUGUUCAGUGGAACUUGCAACUACCUCCACACAGCGAAGACCCGAUCAAUACCCAGGACAUUCAAGGAAAGGUUCACCCUUCAUGAUGGCAGACAGAGUAGCCGGCACCUGGAAUUAGACUGAACUGGACUACAAAGCACUGUCACAUUGGUCCUCCUCUGGGUUUAAUGGCUUAGCAAAAGUCCUGCAGUUACUCCUCUAAUACACCUGCUAAAUCUUGGGAGCAAGGGAACUGAAGUGAUCAGCUGGGUUUCUUCUUGUGUUUGUCAGCUUGAACAGAAAUGUGCAACUGCUUGUAAACAAAGCUAAAAAUAAAACAUGUUUGUGAAAUUGCCUGCACAUAUAAAGCAAAGUGAUUAGGAAAAUGAUAGGAACAUCUUGCCUUCCUUAAACUGUGCCGCUUAUUGCACCACUUGGGUCAUGGACAGCGAAAGUCUUAAUUAAUUGCUCAAGUAUUCUUGUAAACAUUUAAUUUGAAAGACUCCACAAAUUUCCCUUCUUCCACCUGUUGAUAAUUUAAAUACGUGCAUGGUACUUUUCAGAUUUGUAAGCGUGUAUAUUAGUAUUUGUAUGUUUUUCUACCACUGUGAAAAUCUGUAUAGUUUCUAUAAAAUGUGUCCAAAACCUUACCUUUUGUCUUGCUGCUUAGUAACUUUCGAGAAUUUGAAAGCAGAGCUGCGAUUGGUCAGCAGGAGUUUCCAUAGACGCAAACAACCAAUCCAAAAACGAGCGCGCGGCCAUGUUGAAUUGUCAAUAUUCUAAAAGAAGAGACAAAAGAGACAAGUUGGUGGUUUUCUCAAAAUAAGCAAAUUCCAAAACUUGUCUGAAUCAUCAAUUCAGGACUAAGGCUUGAAACAACGGGUAAUGUUUUUGUUGAUCAGGAAUUCCUAAGGCACUUUGCAGGCUGCCAAGUCAAUAUUUUCUGCAGAAGCACAGGAAAGCAGAACAAGAUAAGACGUGCAACUGAGAACUUGGACACAAUUAAACAUAUAGGCUUUCCAUGCCAAUAAACCCUUGGAGGGAUAUAUGUACAUAUGUUUUCUCCCUCCAUUUAUUUUAAAGCCAGUAUUAAGCUCUAACAAAAUAACCCUUUAGGGUGCAAUGUCAAUGUAAGAAAACAUAUAAGUCUUCAUAACAAGGCAGAUCACAUUUUGCAGCUGUUAAUUUUGAAUAUGUUAAGAGAUUCAAUCUUAAAUAGUAAACAGUAAAGUU